GCAGCACGCGCACAAACUAGUUGCACAACAUAUUAAAAGAUGCUUGACUAUUUAUAAAGAACUUUGCACUAUGAGGAAAGACUCGCAUGUGAGUUACUGAAACAGGAAGAGUGCAAGACAUAAAAGCAUCAAAUGCGCUCUCAAUUCUGUGAUAAAGCACAAGUUGUGGAAAUGUUCUUUUAAUUAAAAAAAAUAAAUAAUCGGGUUCUUAUGAACUCUAUAAACGCUAAUAAACGUAUUCUGGAUCAGGAAUGAUGAAGUGUCUCUUGGGACUUCAGUCAUGCUGUAAUUAACUACCAGAUAUAGUCAUGGAUGAACUGGACCCAGAGGAAAAGUUCCUCAGGGAUGCCAGGAAUGGGAACUUGGAGGGUAUCCAGAGGCUUUUGAUGUCCAAGAUAAAGGAGGAGGCCAAAAUCGACAUCAAUUGCAAGGGCAAGAGCAAAUCAAAUCAUGGAUGGACGCCUCUUCAUCUGGCCUGUUAUUUUGGACACAAGGAUGUUGUUGAGGUUUUACUGAAGACGGGAGCAGAAGCUAAUUUGCCAAAUAAUGUUGGAGACACGCCCCUCCAUAAAGCAGCAUUCACUGGGAGAAAGGAGGUUGUAAUGUUGCUUCUUCAGUACGAUGCUUGUCCUUCUGUCAUCAAUGGGAUGGCACAGAUACCCAAAGAUAUCACCCAGAGUGUAGAGAUCAAAAGCAUGUUAGAGGCUGCGGAAAGGACCGAGGAGAGAAAACUAGAGGAACAGCUGUUGGAGGCGGCUCGGGAAGGAGCCUUAUCUAACCUCACAAGACUGCUAAACAUGAAGAAACCACCGAACAUAAACUGCACAGAUCUACUUGGCAACACGCCACUGCACUGUGCUGCUUACAGGGGCCAGAAACAAUGUGCUGUCAAACUCCUACAACACAGUGCCAACCCCAACAUCAAGAAUAAAAAUGAUCAGACUGUUUUUGACUUGGCUAACGACGCGGAAAUGAACCAGAUCAUCGCAGGCAAUGUUGUGAAAGGUAUGACAUGCCAUGUUAAAACGUUUGAGGGACCUCUUUGGAAGAGCUCAAGGUUCUUCGGAUGGCGCUCCUACUGGGUGGUUCUACAAGACGGGGUCUUAUCAUGGUACCCCAAACAGUCAGAUGCAGAAUCAAACACAAGGAAGCAAGGUUGCAAACCCUUAACGCAAGCACAGUGCAUGAUUAAAGAAAAAGAUAUCUGCUAUUUCACUGUCAAAUGUUUCGACGACAGCGUUCACCAUUUCAAAGUCUUGCAGAAAAGCAACCCCGAAGUCACCAGAAAAAGAUGGCUUGAAGCCAUAGAGGAACAUUCGGCUUUUAGCACCCAUUACUGCUCACAAGACCCUGAUAGUGAGGAGGACGAGGAGGAUGACAGUGUGACUUUGGACAAGCUGUCGGAUUCACUUCAGUGGGCCGAGGCCUGCCAUCAAAAGCUGGAGAUGGAGGUGUUGGCCCUCCUGUCCACAGUGAAAGAAGAUGGACUUGCAGAACGAUUCCCUCCUGCAGUUGUUCUGAAGCUACGAGAAGUUUGUGAGGCCUCAAAUGAAACCUGUUCCUCGUUGCAACAGUGUCUGGGACUUUUUUCGAAACAGGAAGGGGCACGCAGUUUGAAACUAGAGCAUGAGGUUGAGAAGAAUAAAAUCCUGUCUGAAGCCCUUCAGACUUUGGCUACAGAACAUCAUGCGUUGGAGCAGUCGGUGGUCAAAGGAUCGUUGCCCCGCUGUGCUCUCAGUGAGGAUGAGUUCUAUGAUGCUCUUUCUGAUUCGGACUCUGAGUCCGUGGUAAGCACUUUAGAGACGGCCGGACACUCAUACAAGGACAGAGAAGACGUCAAUUCUAAGAUCUACUGUAGCGUCCGAAGUCGUCUUGGCGGCAGGAUGUCCCGGGAAGAGGAGGAUGAUGAGGGGGCCAGAGUGAAUGGAUUGAAGAAGCACAGGACAAGUUUGCCAGCUCCCAUGUUCUCCAGAAAUGACUUCAGUAUCUGGAGUAUACUGAGAAAGUGCAUUGGAAUGGAACUGUCUAAGAUCACCAUGCCAGUCAUUUUUAAUGAGCCGUUGAGUUUUCUGCAAAGGCUUACUGAAUACAUGGAGCACACGUACCUCAUCCAUCAGGCUAAUACCACAGAAGACUCUAUCGAGAGAAUGAAGUGUGUGGCAGCGUUUGCCGUAUCAGCAGUGGCGUCUCAAUGGGAAAGGACGGGGAAACCCUUCAACCCCCUGCUAGGAGAAACAUACGAGUUAGUCCGGGAAGAUCUUGGAUUCCGGCUAAUAUCAGAACAAGUGAGCCACCAUCCUCCCAUCAGUGCCUUCCACGCUGAGGGUCUCCAGAAGGACUUUGUGUUCCACGGCUCCAUCUACCCCAAACUGAAGUUCUGGGGCAAGAGUGUGGAGGCUGAACCAAAGGGCAUAAUCACUCUAGAACUUCCUAAACAUAAUGAGGCAUACACAUGGACGAACCCAACAUGUUGUGUCCACAACAUCAUCGUGGGACAACUGUGGAUCGAACAAUAUGGAAAUAUGGAGAUUAUUAAUCACAGGACUGGUGAAAAAUGCUGCCUGAAUUUCAAACCUUGUGGCCUUUUUGGGAAAGAAUUGCAUAAGGUUGAAGGCUACAUCCUGGACAAAAGCAAAAAGAAAGUGUGUGUCCUUUAUGGGAAAUGGACAGAGUGCAUGUACGUUGUCAACCAAGUGGCGUUCGAAGCUCACAGAAAAAGUGAUAAAAAAGCAUUGGAAGAGAAGAAAAGCAGUAAACUGGCAACUGUUGCAGACUCUGAGGAAACAACUCAACAAGCUGGAAAUUCACUGGAGGUCAUUCCAGGUAGUCAGCUGUUGUGGAGAAUAAUACCCCGACCAGCUAACUCAACCCAGAUGUACAGCUUCACUACAUUUGCAAUGCAACUCAAUGAGCUGGGCAAAGAGAUCGAAGAGGUGAUCCCUAAAACCGACAGUAGACUGAGGCCAGACAUACGAGCCAUGGAGAACGGAGACAUUGAUCUGGCCAGUGAGGAGAAGAAGAGAUUGGAGGAAAAACAGAGAGCGGUGCGAAAGAACCAUUCAAAGUCAGAUGAAGAAUGGAAGACUAGAAACAUUGCCUCGGGUCCCAGGUGGUUUCAUCAAGGUCCAAAUCCACACAACGGUUCUCAGGACUGGCUAUUGGCUAGUAGCAAUGGCUACUGGAACCGCGAUUAUUCCCAAGUACCGGACAUAUACUGACCCACAAGAACCUCACACCAUUGUAGAGAAAUUGUAUAGUCAAGACUAUCCGCAACGUAACUGUAUGGUUGACCAGGUGAAAUUUUCAAAUAGUAAAUACACUACUGUUUAAAGAGACUUCUUAUUUUAAUUCACUGCUCUGUAUAUCUGAAUGAAUUAUUUUAUGUUUAAAUACAUCUGCAACAUAAUAAAGGCUUUUAUGAACUACAGAUUAUAGCAGAUAAAGGAUGAUGAUAAUCACAAGCUGGCCUUGACAUGGUAAUAUCAAUAGUAAUAGCAUAAACGCAAUAAUGUGCUAUUUUUAGUCCUUCUAAAAGGUAAUGUUGAUGUCAUAGAUGUGGGUGUCUUUCAAGGCUCAAUUCUGGGUCUGUUUAACUACAUUUCUUAAGUUUGUAACAUUCCCACUGUGUUGAGAGUUAAAUAUUGUAUACAAAUAACAUUGCUAGUUGAAAUUAUAAAGUUUGCUACAAGAGUGGAUUUGAACAUUUUUUAUGCAACUUUACCGUUCAUAUUCCACACUUACAGUAUUAGGACAUUUCUACUGCUCUAUCUGUUGUGAUGUUGAUUUUAUUUUGAAAGAUGCCUUUAUGGUGUCUUUCCUCACUAAUAUACACAUUUUCCUAUUUUAUUUUAUAAUUUAACAAUCUUUUAAUUUAAUGAUGUAUUUAUAUUUAAUGAACUAUAUAGCUGUUUUUAAGAAUUAGGUUUUGAAGUGCUAAAUGUGUGUGUUUGUGUGCACACAAGAGCUGAGAUCAUAGAUGUGGGCUAGUUUUAACCCCAUAUCCGUUUAUUUUUGCGAGUGUGCAGAUGUGUUUUGCGUGAAUAUUUUUUCGGAAAUAUUAUCCCAAAAAUGCCUACAUAAAGGAUAUUGAGCAGAAUAAUUCUGUGCAUAAAAGGCAUUCAAAUAAUUUAAUGUUAUAAAUUUGUACAAUGUUAUACUUUAUAACAAAUAUGUUUAUAUAAUCCCGAGUUACGGCUUUAUGUUUGCCCACUAAAUCCAGCACAUAAAGUAAACUGAAAACUGAAUUAUAGAUUUGUGUAUUUGAUAUUUGAUUAUUUUGAUAUGUAGCAUAAGCAUCUAGGGCAAAAUGUAAGCAAGAAAAGAAUUGUAAUUGGUGAAAUACUUUAAAAUAAGUUUCCAUUUAUUAUCAUUAGUUAAUGCAUUAGGUAUCAUGAACUAACAAUGAACAAUUAGUUAA